AUGGCGAAGCUCACACUUGUCAUCUUCCUCUCCUUUUUACUCUUCUCCUCCUCCUUGGCUUUCCAGUCAGACGAGCUCCUCAUCGACGACGAAGAGUUUGGUCUCGAAGGAGCCAAUCCUCGCUCUCCGGAAACAGAAUUCGCCGAUUCAACGGCGUCGUUCUCGCCCCCUAAACAGACUCCGACUACACGUAAACGGUACUCGGAUCCUGAUUUGGACUCUAAGGUCCAAUUCACUCUCGAGCAUGCCUUCGGAGACUCUGGUUUCUCCUCCGCCGGUAUUUUCUCCGCUCGCCUUAAAACUUGGAGCCAUGGCGGUCAGACAUUAACGAAGCUGCGGUUUUUGAGGAAUGAGUUUUCUGAUGAAGAGAAAGAUGCCUUUAAAAAUCUGCUGAAAGAAGAUGACUUGUAUAGAAUAAGACUUCCAUCGAAUGUAGUUAGUCCACCUGGGAGGGAGUAUGUGACUGCAUCGGUGAGAGCUAGAUGUCUUCCACGGGAUGGUUUGGAUGAGCAUAUUGCUAUCCACAUGGAUGGUGCCAACAUUUUGGCAGUUAGUUAUGGCUCUCCUGGAUCAUGUCCGUAUCCUCGACAGCUGAAUCUUCCAGGAAAAUGGUCAUUCAACUCCCACACUAUCUUGAAGAGUAGUGAGCAAGCACCAAGGACUCCGAUAUUCGCGGAAGAGAUUCUUGGCAGCAGUGAGAAUGCAGAGGGUGAAGUAGUACCGCCAGUAGAGAAAACACUUUGGGCAAAAUAUUGGAUGUAUUUGAUACCACUGGGACUCAUAUUGAUGAAUGCUGCGACACAAGCCUCCAACGGCGCGGACGAACAGCCCGCGGCGGGGUCUCAAGGACAAGCACCAGCAGCGAUUCAGCGCGGUUCAGGUUCAGCUGCGCCAAGGAGAAGAUGA